AUGGUGGAGGACCAAAGGAUUUACAGCCCCAAAGGAGGAAGUGGGCCACGAGUUUCAGCUGCCCUGAAGUUUUCAAUUUCCACAACACCUCGUCAGGGAAAUGUGACCGGAUGGAAGUCUAUCACUUUCCUGGAAGAGGAAGAAAGGAACCUCAAAAUGCUCCAUGACGAUCCUUUCCUCAUCACACUCCAGAUGGACCACUACAUUACUUCUCGGGCCCUCAUCGAUACCGGCACCUCUAUCAGUGUAGUGUUUCACGAUGCAUAUAAAGCCCUGAAUCAGGGACGAUCCAAGUUAUCACAGGACAUCGAUCCCCUGAUCAGUUUCUCUGGGGAUAUUGUCCAGCCACUAGGAUCCGAUUAUCUAUUGAUCAUGGUAGGAGAAACACUCUGGCGCCUGAAGAAGUUUGUAGCUGGGCACAUGCUCAUGAUGAAGAUUCCAACUCCCAUGGGAGUGGUGAUGAUCCGAGGUGAUCAGGCCGUGGCAAGGCAUUGCUAUUCUUUAACAGAGUCUCGGGGUAAGGUAAGAUCAGAGAUGCUAUCGAUAACCGCAGAUCCCUCACCUUCUGAUAGGUACGAGGACCCAAGGGAGGACACAGAUUCAGACGAAGAACGGCCCGGAGCAGUGGAAGACAUUGAAGAAGUGAAACUAUCAGACAAGUUCCCGGAUAGAACUGUUAGGAUCGGUACCAGGUUGACCCCAUCUGUCAGGGAGAAUUUAAUCAUGUUUCUACGCACCAACGUGUCUGCUUUCGCUUGGUCGUAUGAAGACAUGCCCGGGAUCCCAAUAGAUAUAGCCAUGCACAACCUCAGCAUAGUGCCUUUCUCAAACUUGGUAAGACAAAAGCGCAGGGCCUUCAACCACGACAAGUACAAGGCCAUCCAGGCAAAAGUAAAGAAGCUGAAGGCCAUCAAAUUUAUUAGGGAGGAUAGCUUCCCGCUCCCAAGAAUUGACCAACUCAUAGAUUCUAUGGCUGGGUACCGGUUACUCAGCUUCAUGGAUGCUUUCAGCGGGUACAAUCAAAUAAGAAUGAAUCCCGUGGAUGAGGAGCACACCGCCUUCACCACCGACAAGGGUCUCUUCUGUUACCAAGUCAUGCCUUUUGGAUUGAAUAAUGCGGGUGCCACUUAUCAAAGACUCGUCAAUUCCAUGUUUGCAGACGUCAUCGGUACCAUUAUGGAAGUAUAUGUGGACGAUGUGCUAGUCAAAAGCCUAAUGGUUGAUGACCAUGUCACGAACCUGGCAAUUGUUUUCACCAUCAUUUUGUGCAACGGUAUGCGAUUGAACCCACAGAAAUGCAUCUUCGGGGUCGAGAUAGGAAAGUUCCUCGGUUACAUCAUCAGUCAUCGGGGGAUAAAGGCAAACCCAGAGAAAGUAUAG